AUGGAAAACCUUCCCGGUAUCCUCCCUUCCGCCGCUGAGUAUCGUCAACAGGAGGUCACGUAUACCUUAUCUUCUUUGGAAAGUGUAGAGUUUCCUGCACCCAUGACUGACUUUCAAGAGGAGGUCUUCCAAAAAGACGGUUACAGUCUUCAAAUGCUGACCCCUAAUGUAAUCAACAAAGUGGUUGCGUUUGAGACGAUCCGCAGGGCCGACGGUUAUCUUCCGGAUUACUUUGUUUUCAAGUUUUUCUUUCAAUUCUGCAUCACUGGGGACAAGUACACUUUUUCAGUCCGGCGAGGGGGGCACACCCUAGUUCCUGAUGGACGGACCCCUAAGAACUGGCAAGAUAAGUGGCUAUGGGUAAACCAGGAGUUGGUCGGAAGCGGCCGGGAUGAGCCCCUCUUGGAGGCGGCAUGGCAAAAUGUUGGUGUUUUUCUCUGA